GGCACGAGCCACUGCAUCCGACCCCUGUCAUUCUUUUUUUUCUGUCUUUCUUUUUCUUCUCUUCUCUAAAUACUGUAAAAAAUUUCUGAACCCCAGCAUCUCUCUCUCUCCUUCUGUUCCAGUCUGCCAUGAUCAAUCACUGAGCUCCUGUGAUACCUCCACAUUUCCCAUUAUUGUCCCCAUCGAACACAUACGCUUCAACCCGGCAGCCAGGUCAUCAUGUUGGCGUGUAAAUCACAUCAUGCCAUGUCAUUCCUGAAAACCCAUCCUCCACUCUCCUUAGCACUCAGAACCGACUGUGAACCAGCUUUGGUCUGCGAGGUUCUACAUGGCCUGGCCUCCGUCACCCUCUCCUCACACAGGCCCCAUCCAUCUCCUGACUCUCUGCUUCUGUCCUUCACCCCGUAGUGCCUGAUCCAUCCCCACUCCCGCCCAUACCCUUGGCCUCACAGCAACCUGGAACUCCCCCUCUGCCUCUGCACAGGCAGCUCUGCUUCUUCCUUCAAGCCCUGCCCAAGGGUACCUCCACAGAAGGCUCUGCCCAACCAGCGGCAACUCCUGGGGCUCCCUCUGCUGCUGUUGCCCACAGGCCUGUGGACUGCUUCCCUACCACCAGCCCAACGCUGUUUGUUUCAUUUGCUCAUUGUGCAGGUACUGUCUGCCCCACAUGAGGAUGUGAGCUCCACAAGGGCAGGGAACGUUGUUCUCUGGGCUGUUUACUGCUGAUCCCCAGCUACUGGCAUGCUGGCUGCCACAGAUGAUGAAUAAAUGAGAGGUGUCAGACCUGGAGUGAAAAGAAAGUCACUUUUCUGAGACAGAAAGGAAGGAUGAGGAAAAUCAUACACUAAAAGGGAUUUUUGGUGAUGGAGUGCAUAUAGAACUUUCAGCAGUAAUGGCCGCCUCUAUUUUCUCAGAAUAUAUUUGAUGUAGAGAGGAGGCUGCUUGUGGUGUAUCCAAGCUGUCUGGCUUCCAGCUCAGUAAAGCCUGGCGGUUUGUACGUGAAUUUGAGAAAUCGUGAUAUCAAGUGAGACUUGCUGCUUUCAACUUGUAAAGCAUAACAAACUGAAACUAUCCCAUGAGUGCCAGGGAUCUGUGAAUGUUGCUUUAGAGUUGUACUAUCUUACUUGGUUUCCAUAUCUAUUCAUAGGGCCAGAAAAUAAGAGGUGGUUUUAUUAUAUUAUGUGUCCUGGCCUCAGUUCAUCAGGUCUGAGAUUUCCCCCGGUAUAUCCUCCCAUUUAUGAAAGAAAUAAUUCCCUAGAAACUGAGGAGCACAUAGAUGUACCCAGAGGGGUGAUGAAACACACAUUUCUCACAGCUCAGAUUCUCAGUUUGGUUUCCAGAUCUGUCAUUCAUGAUAUCUAUGUGGAGGGGAAAGAAAAUUGUCAAACACCAACUGACGGCUUUUUGUCAAAAUCUGUUUCACUAGAGCUUAAGACAGGAGAUGGUGUUCUACCAAGCCAGUUGGAUUCUCAGAUUGAUGACUUCGCUGGUUUCAGCAAAGAUGGGCCGAUGCAGAAACCUGGUAGCAAUGCACCUGUGGGAGGAAUCAUUACCAGCAAUUUCUCUGGAGAUGACCUAAAAUGCAGAGAAAUAGUCCCUAUUCCCAAAAGCCAAGAAGAAAUUAAUGCUGAUAUAAAACGUCAAUUAGUGAGGGAAAUCCAAAGCAUUGGACGAAAAUACGAAAAGAUCUUCAAAUUGCUUGAAGAAGUGCAAGGACCUAUAGAAGUCAAGAAACUAUUUUUUGAAUCCAUCAUCAAGGAAGCAGCAAGAUGUAUGAGCCGAGACUUCGUUCAGCUCCUUGAGAAGAAACUGGAGCAUAUGAUUUGGGAGUACUUGUCCAUGGAGGAUUAUGACGACUCAAAUGCAUAAUCUUAUUAAUGAUUGAGGAGAGAAAAGGAUCAGAUUGCUGUUUUCUACAAUGGAGCAGGAUAUUGCUGAAGUCUCCUGGCAUAUGUUACUGAAUCAAAUGGCCUUCAAGAGGCUAAGAAAUGUCUGUUAGUAAAAGUUGUUCUUUUUCCCUAAGCAUUUCAUUUGAAAGAAUAACUUGUUUUUUGGUUGUUUUGUAUUCCCACCUAUGCUGGUAGAUAUUAUUAACCCAUUAAGUAAACACUAUUACAGUCGUGGUUUCUGCAGCAGCUCACAUUGCUGAAACUGGUGUUAAAGCCUUC